CCCGCGACUCCAGCUGUGGCCGCGCUGGCUCCACGUGGGUCGCGGGGGCGCCAUGGCGGGGGCCCCACCCCAGAAACGCUUCUACCGGCAGCGGGCUCACUCCAACCCCCUGGCGGACCACACGCUGCGCUAAUUAACACGGCUGCUACUCUGCAACCUUCCAAAUCCAUGCGUUUUCCAGCUGGCAUGAAGUGUUUGCCAGAGUGCAAGUGGCGUAACCCAACGGGGUUUGUCUGGACUAGGAUGUGCAAGAAUGCGUUAGCUGACUUUUUAUAAAUCUGCGUAGACAGGGAAUGCUCCCGUCAGUCCCACGAAACCUGAGGAAAUGAACUGGGCUGAGCACUAUCCUGAGUUCUUCGCCCCGUUGACCAAAGAUGACCGUCACGAUGACCCGAAGGACUCCGAGGAGAGAGUGAAGCCAGCGGCGCAAGUUGAAUUUGCUGAUAUUGGCUGCGGUUAUGGGGGCUUGUUGGUCGAGUUGUCUCCCCUCUUCCCCAACACCUUAAUGCUGGGCCUGGAGAUUCGAGUGAAGGUCUCGGAUUACGUCCGCGACCGGAUCCAGUCUCUGAGAGCAUCCCAUCCCGGGCAGUACCAGAACAUCGCCUGUGUCCGCAGCAAUGCCAUGAAGCACCUGCCCAACUUCUUCCACAAGGGGCAGCUGGCCAAGAUGUUCUUCCUCUUCCCGGACCCGCACUUCAAGAAGACUAAGCACAAGUGGCGGAUCAUCAGCUCUACGCUGCUGGCUGAAUACGCCUACGUCCUGCGCAUCGGGGGCCUGGUGUAUACCAUCACUGAUGUGGAAGAGGUGCACGAGUGGAUGGUCGGUCACUUCAGUGGGCACCCGCUCUUUGUCCAGGUGCCCUUGGAGGACUUGGGCAGCGAUCCCAUCGUGGGGCGUCUGGGCACCUCCACCGAGGAGGGAAAGAAGGUCCAACGGAACAGUGGCAAGACCUUCCCCGCUGUCUUCCGGCGCAUCGAGGACGAAGCCCUGCAGGAGGGGGUUCCAGGCACAGAGCAGUUCCAGGGGGCUCCAGACACGUGACUGUGGACCCGAGAGACAAAUCCUCAUGGACCGUGCCGUGCAGCGUUCCAGGGAGACCUCUCCCCCUCCCCUGGUGCUGUUGGGGCAGACGGGCUGAUUGCUUGGCCUGGAGCAUGACGCCCACGGGAGCCCCUGAUGUCUUGAAUACGGAGAAGCUGGCGCCUCUCCUAACGAGAAACGCAUAAGGAGUGUCCCAAGCAUCCCCUUGGGCUCUGCCUGCUGGUGCCCAUGAGCUGCUGGCACCGUUGCUUUUACCUCUGAGACUCUGCCAGGCAGGGGCAGGCUGCAGCUUCACUCACACUCGAUUUCUGAAUAAAGCUUGAGCUCACA